CAGAGAUACACGGGCUCCUAGUAUAAAGGCAGAGACGCGACACCCAUGUGAUAAUGUGCACGAAAAGCGGAAGACAAAGGUAGAAGCAUCUACAAGUGAGCCGUCUGAGAAGGAGACAGAAGAUGCUCCAAAGCAAAAAAACCACGAGGAGCCUUUUUUCUCGUCUGGAAAUCCACGACAUAUAAAUGAUUCAUGAGCGCCUGCUUUUUUUUCCCCCCCCCGGAGAGAGUAUUUGCGCUCGCAGCUGAGUUUCUGUUGAAAAACUGGGACUGGAGCUCGGAGAAAAAAAGCAUUUAAAUCGUAUGCAGGAGUUGGAUGAGCCUUCUCUGGACCUCAUUCGUCUGGAGGAUCAACUGUUGCUGCAGCCGGCGCGGGAGCGGAGACAUCAAGUGCGUGGAUGUUUGACCUGGUCCUGGUCCUGCGCGCAGCCACGCAGCGUGUUGUGCCACUAACAUGGAAAAGAGGCUCAUAUUGUUGCUGAUGCGUGAUCGGAUACACUUGUAUCUGUCCUGAUGUGAUGCCACAUUGUUACACCGAGGGGAGUGAGAAUAUCCCACACCGCUCAGCAUCUCUGUGCGUGAAACAUCACCACUGGACUCUUUUUUUUGUUUUCUUUUACAAUUUUGAGGACCACUCUUGGCAUUUUUAACUCCCAAACAGACGUCAACAUUGACAGGCUUUUGUGUUAAAGUGACCUUGCCCGGUUUUGAUCCCCCCGUUCAUCAUGCUGAUGAUGAUGGAGAACGGCGGCAUGAGCGCGCAUCAAUUCGAUAUCGAUUCGGAAUUCGAGCCCCGCGGUCGGUCUCGGCUGUGCGCCUGGCCGCUGGCCGUGGAGGACUUCCAGGGCGGGGAGGAGGAGGAGGCGGCGGCGGCGAGCCGCGGAGGUCUGGCCCUGGCCUCGGUCAAAGUGGAGCCGUACGACGUGCCGGCGUGCCGGGCCGGGAGGAAGGGCGGCGCGCCGGCGGAGGUGCAGCAGGUCCCUGCCCCGGCGGCGGCGGCGGCCGCUCCUUCUCCGGCGUGCGUGUCCGGCGCCGCGCUCGACGCGGCCGGGCAGCUGCGCAAAGCCAAGUCCUCCAGGCGCAACGCGUGGGGGAACCUGUCCUACGCAGACCUGAUCACCCGCGCCAUCGAGAGCGCGCCGGAGCAGAGGCUGACUCUGUCCCAGAUAUACGACUGGAUGGUUCGCUUUGUUCCCUAUUUUAAGGAUAAAGGCGACAGCAACAGUUCCGCGGGAUGGAAGAAUUCAAUCCGACACAACCUGUCCCUGCACAGUCGCUUCAUUCGGGUGCAAAAUGAAGGGACGGGCAAGAGUUCCUGGUGGAUGAUCAACCCAGAAGGCGGAAAAAUGGGGAAGGGACCCAGGCGACGUGCAGCCUCUGCAGACAAUGGAACACGCUACCUGAAGACCAAGGGUCGCAUUAGCCGAAAGAGAGCAGCUGCCACAGGUCCUGGACGUGGACAAGUUCAGGGAGCUGGAGCAGUAAUAGAGGAGUCCCCAGAGCAUGGCAGUCCGGCAGGGAAAGCAGGUGUUGGCAUAGGUGGUGAGGAGUAUGAUACCUGGACAGAUCUCCAUUCUCGUACCUCAUCCUCUGCCUCCACGCUGAGUGGCUGUCUGUCCCCAAUCCUGGCAGAGGCUGAGGCAGAUGAACCUGAAGAGGGCGGAUUCUCUUGUUCAGCUUCUCCUCGACUAUACCCCAGCCCCACUAGCACCCGCUCUCCAGCCUUGGGGACUGGGGGGCACUGUCCCAAUGUGGAGCUCCCUCACCUGACCGACCUGACAGGGGCUAUCAAUUUAGAUGAGAGUGGCUACCCCCAGCCACCACAAAUCAAAUGCAACGGCUAUCCCUAUGUGCCUGGGCCAAAAUCAGAGGGAUCCUACUGUGGACCCAUGUACGGACAGUCUUCCAUGAGCAUGCUGCGGCACCACACACCCAUGGAGACCAUCCAGGAAAAUAAGCCUGUCAGCUUCCAACGCCCACUGAGGGGCUACUCAGAGAACAAUGCCCUGCAAAGUCUGCUUACAGGUGGUCCUUCAUACUGCAACAAAGACACAGUGCUGGGUCAGGGACAGGAAACCCACACAUUAUUGCCACAGGGAAAUGGCGUUCCCAGCCAGCACAACCACAGUCAUAAUCAGAACCACAAUCAUAACCACAGUCAUAGCCAAGAGCAUUCUCACAAUCCCAGUUUAAAUAAUGGUCAUGGCUCAGUCCAUGAGCAUAACACAACACACCAUCAAAACCAUAAUCAGGGUCGCAAACACCAAGCCAGUCUCAACUACAGCCACAAGCCCCACACUGCUCAUAACUAUGGCCAGAGUCAUGAUCAUGACCAUUGUAACAAAGUAAACCCCAGCCAUGACCACACCCCUCGCUCCAAUCAAAGUCAUUUGCACAACCAUAACCCCCACAACCCUCAUAACCCUAUGCAGAGUGGACCUCACCAUCAAGCUCUGUCCCCACGGGUGAGCACUGACAUCCUGCAACCCUAUAGCCUCAAGAGCUCUAACCACUAUGGGCCACGGCCCCACCUCCCAACAUCGCCUUCUCUCCCACCAAACCCUGCAGGAAUCAUGGAGGUUCCCCAGGACCCCUGCAGUCUGGCAUCUGCACCUCAUCCUCGCCACCAAUGUUACCCUGGAGCUCAUCAUCAGGGUAUUACUGAUUCCUGGCGUGGUUACUAUCAUAACAACCAUCAGACAGGGAGCACUGGAUACCAGGGCCAACAUCAAAAUUCCCACAAUAGAAUGGUAGCCCAGUUGGAACUGGAGAACGUCCCUCAUAGUCUAGACUGUGAUGUCGACUCCAUCCUGCUCAGUGACUUCAUGGACACGCAAGGCAUGGACUUCAACUUUGAUGGUUCUCUGUCCCAGGGUGUGGGCAUGGGGAUGGGCAUGAGUUUAGGCACUUUUGCCUGCUCUCCUCCAGCACAUAGCCACCAGAGCUGGGUUCCAGGGUGAACUCCUGCUUGAGGGUUUGAAUAGACAUAUAACCAGAUCAUUCACUGGGCUAGACCUCUAGUGGCUGUAUCCUUGGACUGACUGUGAUUCUGUUGCUCUGACACAAUAUGUAAUGUCAUUUUGUUUCCUGGGGAGUCUUACACUUCCACAUUGUGGAUUUUAUCCCUCUUCCAUACCGUUUAUAAAGCCUUGUCACAAUUUUGAACUUGCCGGCAAUGGCCCAACACUAAAGACCCCCCCCCCACACACACACACACACAAACCAUCCAUGCCCUUUAGUUUUUGUCUUUUCUCUCCAGGCAAUCUCGUCCUUUUUGUCCUAAGCUCUCAAGCACUUUACAUCCAUCUCUAACACUGAUGCAGUAAACAAAUACCAGACAAAGUCAUGUUGUGUGUUGAUUUAAUGUAUGCAAUUUACUUUAGCGUAUUAUCUCUUCCUACAAAGAAGGUGUUGUUCCUGACUAGAGAACACGAUGAAACAGCUGCAUAAAUAUGUUUAGUGUGGGGUUGCUAUCAGACUGCAGGUUAAAAGACAGAGGAAGUUUUGAGGUUAAGGUUUGAAGAAAAGGGCGGUUUCUUUGAAGUAGUGGGAAUAAGAGAUUAAGUUAUACAGGUAUACAAAGGAAGGGAACUCCAGAGUGAGUGUGAUUUAUUUUCCCCCUGGUGAACAGUGGUGUUUCCUGUUUAGUUCAGUAAAAAAGAACAGUCAUCCAUCAGGUAACCAUCAGCACCGCUCCAUUGAAAUGCAACGUCCUUUCUUUAAUCUCCAAAGUAAUGCCAGAUUGAUGCAUCACUAUUGUAAAUCUAAUGUGCUACUCUGUUUUUCAACCCCCUCCCUUCCCUCUUCAACUCCGGACACACUAGCUUAAUGUGUUUUGGUGAAAGUGAUGAUAAAAGUCAUUCUGCACUAGAGGGGGAGGGAUUGAAAGGGGAGGUGUUAGAGGAGGGGGUUGUAUCGAGAGGAGAUGAUAGGAGAAGGGAAAUGCAAAUAUUCCCACUGUGGCUCUUCUUCUCCAUUUUGUGGAUUUAUGUAGCUUCCCCCAUAAUGAAAUAAGCAACGAUCAGAGAGAUGCUGUACAUCCUGAGGUGGUGUCUGAUUGGCCAGGCAACAGAGCACCUUCAGUGGCUGACCCCAGAACAAGUUAUCGAGGAGUCUUGGUCAGGCCAGGAUGUUGAUGCUGUUCUAAGAACUCCAGAAACCUUGUUAAUUUACUAACACCCAAGUUUGCGCCUGCUACGUCCUUUUACUCCUGUGAAUUGCUCACUGAUGAACAGCAUCAGCAGAUUACUAUUUUGCGCUAUCUCCUCUUCCCAGGCUCCCUCCUAUCACACCGCCCCAUCCUGAGGUUACUCGGAGGGUAAACAAGAGUAAUUAGCCGCCAAACAAGAUGGAUGAUUUAUGCAAGCGCAUGUAUUCGCUCAUUGGCACAAAGUCAUAAUUUUUCCCUCUGCCAAGCACUAGGAAGGUGAUUUUUGAUAGGUGGUGCCCAGUGACAAGGUAAAGUGGCUGGAAAGUGGUGUGGUUACAGUGCCCUUCAAGUCUUUCAAGCACCUUCUUUACAAGCAUUCCUGCCUAAUACUGGCCAUAGCUUUACUUUUUCGUCUUUUCUUGUGAUCUUUCUGUGAUUGUGCAGCGGUCUGUCCAAUACCGUGUGAGUAAGAGCUUUCAUGUGUAUUUUGUUUUGUCCAUUUGCAAUUGGAGAAAAAGACAGAGGAGCAAUUGCUAACCAAUGUUCGGCAUCAGUCCCUAUAAAGAUAGACGGAACAAGAACAUAAGAGGGAGAAAAGGUAGAUGGAACAAGAGAUGAUCAAUGGGAGAAAAGGGGUGUAAAAUGGGUAGGCAGGAUCUGUUUGACUGUAAGAGAUUUUCUAGCUCAGUACCUUUCUGUAAAAUUGGCUGUUUCAAUCAGAGCAAAUGUCAAGUGUUACUCAGCCAGCUCCAGUGAGCUUUGACCAGAAAGCCACUUCUCGCUCCUGAUCAAGGACAAUGACGGGUAUUUCCAUUCACAUCAUCUUCUUUUUUCUUUUCUUUUUUUUUGAUUUCAUGCGUUAAGAUGCCCCAUUGUUGUAACCCCCCAGUAAUUUGUUCUCUGGCCUGUGUGCACUUGUAUGUCAAGCUUCUAGUGGGUGUGUGAGAAUGGGUGUGUAUAACAGUGAUGUACAAGAACUGGUAAAGGGAAUAUUAUUGAAAACUAACUUGCCCUUUUAUCAUCCAUGCCUAGCUAAGUACAGCUUACAUAAUAUAUACAAUUUAUAUUUAUUGGUGAGGAACAUGUUUCUAUGGAGGACCCCUCACUGCUUUGUCUUCUUUUUGACAAAGACAAUGAAUUCUAUUUCAGUUUGACUUCAUCUCAUUCUGUACAUAAUCCAUAUUGAAAAAAAUGUCUUAUAAUUUCUAUAAUUUCUUUUUUUCUUUUUUAUUGAUGAUGUAUCUGCUCAUCUGUUGACCGUACAAUAA